GAAUUGUCGUUGGAUCCCUGGAAAUACUUGGCAAUCCUACUGGACUUGUUAGAAGCAUUGGAACCGGUGUUUCUGACUUUAUCAGUCUUCCAUACUCUGGGCUAACUCGUGGGCCAGGGGCCUUUGUUUCUGGAUUAACCAUGGGCUUUGGCAGUUUGGUGAAAAAUGUGUCUGCUGGUAUGAUCACCUCAGUGACAAACUUUGCCUCCAGUGUGUCUCGCAACAUGGACCGCCUGUCCUUUGACUCCACACACCUGGAGAGACAAGAAGAGAACAGGCGCAACCGACCAGUGGGAGUCUCGGACGGGCUGAAGCAAGGCCUCACUGGUUUCGGGAUUAGCUUGUUAG